AUGGCUGGAAUUCCGGGAAAAGAAACUGAAGCUGUGAAAAGGACAAUGGAUUCGGUUACCUUCGUUUUAGUGACAUGUUUCUUCAUUCUGGCCACUUAUUUCGGAGAUAGCGAUUCGACAUGUUCAGUCUUAUGUAAGGAAUGUGAUUUAUUUACCAGUGAAUGUGUCACGUGUGUAGGGGGAUGGUAUGGUGACCAAUGCACAGACGAAUGUAGCAGCAAAUGUCUCUUGUUAACCGUCAGUGGUGAAGGCGCCCGGUAUUGUGACAGAAAGACAGGUAGAUGUUCCGAAUGCGAGGCAGGAAAGUAUGGAGAAACUUGCGAAUUGGAUUGUGGCAGAGGGUGUAUAUACGGCAGUAAAGGGGGACAAUCGGGGAGGCAUUGCGACCGAGAAUCAGGUGUGUGUUCGUUUGGAUGUGAUGUGAAAAGUGGAUAUUACAGUGUUCAAUGUGAUAAAAAAUGUAGCAUCGGAUGUGAGGAAGAUUUUUUGGCAGGGGUGCGUCCUUGUAACCCAGACAACGGCACCUGCUUACUUGGCUGUGAACCAGGAUGGAUUGGCAAAACCUGCGAAGAAGAUUGUGGAAUUAACUGUGUAACCAAAUUUGAUCAUUAUUAUCGAAAAGACAUUCGGCAUUGCAAUAAUAUUACUGGGGCUUGUGAAAAUGGAUGCGAGGUGGGAUGGUUUGGAAGUAAUUGUUACUGUGAUAGUGAAGGUUAUGAGUGUGAUGAAACUGGAUGUAGUAGUGAAAGUAAGAAAUGUAACAAGUGUUUGAAGGGAUACCACGGUGAAAAUUGUCUUGAUAAAUGCCCAAGCAACUGUGAUAAAGAAGGAUGUAACAGGCAAAGUGGGAUGUGUAUCCGUUGUGCGGACAACAUGUUUGGAGAGACAUGUUCAUGCAAAGGACACUGCAUGACAUCUGGGAGUGGGGACGAUGGGUGUGACGAAAGUGGUGUUUGCAGCACGUGUCAAGAAGGAUUUCAUGGUCCGUUGUGCACUCUAAAUUGUUCCACAAAUUGUGUGGGAGGUCGGUGCGAUAGAAAUAGUGGAACCUGCGAUAGUUGUAGACCUGGAUAUUACGGACAACAAUGUGACAAGAAGUGUUCAGACACAUGUGAUGCAAGCGGUUGCGAUAAAGUCAGUGGAUCUUGUUAUGUAUGUUUAUCAGGAUAUUUUGGUUCUCUUUGUGACAACAAAAACUGUUCUUUCUCGUCUUGUGCCAAUUGUGACAGAAUCAGCGGUGUCUGCCAAGAUUGUGUUCCAGGACGAUACGGUAAAAAUUGCCAGAAACAAUGUAGUAAAAACUGCAAAAGUUCCAUAUGCAGGAAAACAUCUGGACUCUGUGUAAACUGCAUUCCAGGAAAAUUUGGAGAACUGUGUGAAAAAAACUGUAGCUUAAACUGCCACGAUGCUCUCUCCUGCCGUCGAAGUGAUGGUCACUGCCAUGAUGGAUGUAAACUAGGCUAUGAACCACCGAUUUGUUCCUCCGCUUUAACCCAGAGUAGAAUGCAGACGAUGGUUAUAAUCAUUGUUUCCGUGGUUGGGUUUACACUACUGGACCUAUAAUCCCCUGAUAUUCUAAUUUUUUCCUGAAAAUCUCUGACAACCCUUGUACUUUCACGGUACAUUACUGUACUUACAUCUGUGCUUCACAGUACAUAACAGUACAACACUGUACAGAAGCACAGCAUUUCACAGCACCUCCCUUUACUUCACAGUACACUUCCUCUGUACAUCACUUUACUUCACAAUACUUCACAGUACGCAUUCACUGCUUUCCACUGUACGUCACAG